CUUAUUGCUCCAUUUCCCAAACGUAGAGAGGGUGAAGGAGAAAGAGCGUGAAAGAGCGAAUAAUUUCGCCGUCGAAAGGCUGUGACCUGAGAUCCUCGCCGGAAAAUCACCAACGAUGUGGAGGAGAUUGCUCUCUUCGCACCUCAAAUCCCUAAAACCUCGAACUUCAUCAUCCACGGCACCGUCUCCUCCAUCGGGAUCCAUUUCCAGAGCCGCACGACGUCCCGCUUCAUCUCAUGUUUCUUCUUCACCUUCCGUAUCGCUCUUCGCUCGCCAUUAUGGCGCUGAGGCUGCUGGUGCUGGUCUGAAGAAGAAGGUUGGGGAUGUCAUGCCAAUUGCAACCGGACACGAGCGCGAAGAGCUUGAAGCUGCGCUUGAGGGAAGAGACAUCCUUGAUAUAGACCAUCCCGUUGGUCCUUUUGGCACCAAGGAAGCUCCUGCUGUUGUUAAGUCAUAUUAUGACGAAAGAUUAGUUGGAUGCCCUGGAGGUGAAGGCGAGGAUGAGCAUGAUGUUGUCUGGUUUCGACUGAAGAAAGGCGAGCCACAUGAAUGUCCUGUGUGCACACAGUAUUUUGCGCUGGAAGUGGUGGGACCUGGAGGAUCACCAGAUGGUUUUGGAGAUGAUGAUCACCAUCACUGAUUGCAACCAUCUUCUUUUCCAGAAUAAACCUUGGCUUUUAAAGAGAGAAUUUUCAAAAGACGCUGCAGUUUUCAUUCAUUUAAAGCUGUCUUAUUUGCAGUUGUUGCUUCAGCAACGAUGGGAAUCCAAGUUUUUUCCGUGUCAAUUAGAGACACAGGCAAGUCUUCUGUUGGAAGAUACGGAUCUUUUUAGGCUUUCUUUUUGUGUAAUUCCAAAUAAUUUGAGGCUUCUUAAUUCUUUACCAUGACCAGGUGGCAGUACAAUAACACACACCCUUUCAUCUUAGAAAAUAAUUUGAGAACUUGCAAAAAUGAAAUCCUCUAUUUAGAAAGUGUGAUAUGGCUGUACUAUAGUCAUUGCAAUUUGCAUUAUACUUUUUCUUGUAGUUCACUUUGGCCUCAACGCUUCUUGGACGUGGAUAAAGGUAAUUUUUUUACGAUGUUGUAGUACUGUAAACUUAAAAAAACUUUGUUAUCCUGUGUCUUUGUCGUCGAUAAUGCCAUGGGAUUCUCUAGUUGAAAUACAGAGUUGAAGUUUAUG